UUGGAGACCCCAUUUCUACUCUCUCCUCUUGGCAUGAGACUGUAUGCAGGACCCACCCGAGGACAAUGAUCGCGGAGCCUGCUCACUUUUACCUCUUUGGAUUAAUAUGUCUCUGUUCAGGCUCCCGUCUUCGUCAGGAAGAUUUUCCACCUCGCAUUGUUGAACACCCUUCCGACCUAAUUGUCUCAAAAGGAGAACCUGCAACUUUGAACUGCAAAGCUGAAGGCCGCCCCACACCCACCAUUGAAUGGUACAAAGGUGGGGAGAGAGUGGAGACAGACAAAGAUGACCCUCGCUCACACAGAAUGUUGCUGCCAAGUGGAUCUUUAUUUUUCUUACGUAUAGUGCAUGGACGAAAAAGUAGACCUGAUGAAGGGGUCUAUGUCUGUGUAGCAAGGAAUUACCUCGGAGAGGCUGUGAGUCACAAUGCAUCGCUGGAGGUAGCCAUACUACGGGAUGACUUCAGACAAAACCCUUCCGAUGUCAUGGUGGCUGUGGGAGAGCCUGCAGUGAUGGAAUGCCAGCCUCCACGAGGCCAUCCGGAGCCCACCAUUUCGUGGAGGAAAGAUGGCUCUCCGCUGGAUGAUAAAGAUGAAAGAAUAACUAUACGAGGAGGAAAGCUCAUGAUUACUUACACCCGCAAAAGUGAUGCUGGCAAAUACGUUUGUGUUGGUACCAACAUGGUUGGGGAACGUGAGAGUGAAGUAGCAGAGCUAACUGUUUUAGAGAGACCGUCAUUUGUGAAGAGACCUAGUAACUUGGCAGUCACUGUGGAUGACAGUGCGGAAUUUAAAUGUGAGGCCCGAGGCGACCCUGUGCCCACAGUACGAUGGAGGAAAGAUGAUGGGGAACUGCCCAAAUCCAGAUAUGAAAUCAGAGAUGAUCAUACCUUGAAAAUUCGGAAGGUGAUGGCUGGUGACACGGGGUCAUAUACUUGUGUUGCGGAAAAUAUGGUUGGAAAAGCUGAAGCCUCUGCUACUCUGACUGUCCAAGUUGGGUCUGAACCUCCACAUUUUGUUGUGAAACCCCGUGACCAGGUUGUUGCCUUGGGACGAACUGUAACUUUCCAGUGUGAAGCAACUGGAAAUCCUCAACCAGCUAUCUUCUGGAGGAGAGAGGGGAGUCAGAAUCUGCUUUUCUCAUAUCAGCCACCACAGUCAUCCAGCCGUUUUUCAGUCUCCCAGACUGGUGACCUCACUAUUACUAAUGUCCAGCGGUCUGAUGUUGGUUAUUAUAUCUGCCAGACUUUAAAUGUUGCCGGAAGUAUCAUCACAAAAGCAUAUUUGGAAGUUACCGAUGUGAUCGCAGACCGACCUCCCCCCGUCAUUCGACAAGGUCCUGUGAAUCAGACUGUAGCAGUGGAUGGUACUUUAGUGCUCAGCUGUGUGGCCACAGGCAGUCCAGUGCCCACAAUUCUGUGGAGAAAGGAUGGAGUCCUUGUUUCAACCCAAGAUUCUCGAAUCAAACAGCUGGAGACCGGAGUACUACAGAUCCGAUAUGCUAAGCUGGGUGACACUGGUCGGUACACCUGCAUUGCAUCAACCCCCAGUGGUGAAGCAACAUGGAGUGCUUACAUUGAAGUCCAAGAAUUUGGAGUUCCAGUUCAGCCUCCAAGACCCACCGACCCAAAUUUAAUCCCUAGUGCCCCCUCAAAACCUGAAGUUACAGAUGUCAGCCGAAAUACAGUAACAUUGUCAUGGCAACCAAAUUUGAAUUCAGGUGCAACUCCAACAUCUUACAUUAUAGAAGCCUUCAGCCAUGCAUCUGGCAGCAGCUGGCAGACCGUAGCAGAGAAUGUGAAAACAGAAACAUUUGCCAUUAAAGGACUCAAACCUAAUGCGAUUUACCUUUUCCUUGUGAGGGCAGCAAAUGCAUAUGGAAUUAGUGAUCCAAGCCAGAUAUCAGACCCAGUGAAAACACAAGAUGUUCCCCCAACAAGUCAGGGGGUGGAUCACAAGCAGGUCCAGCGAGAACUGGGAGAUGUUGUACUGCAUCUCCACAACCCCACUGUCCUUUCUUCCUCUUCGGUCGAAGUGCACUGGACGGUGGACCAACAGUCGCAGUAUAUUCAAGGAUACAAAAUUCUUUAUCGCCCAUUUGGAGGCAGCCGUGGUGAAUCGGAGUGGUUGGUUUUUGAAGUGAGGACUCCAACCAAAAAUAGCGUGGUUAUCCCUGAUCUCAAAAAAGGAGUCAACUAUGAAAUUAAGGCUCGUCCUUUUUUUAAUGAAUUUCAAGGAGCAGAUAGUGAAAUUAAAUUUGCCAAAACCCUAGAAGAAGCACCCAGCGCCCCACCCCAAAGUGUAACUGUAUCAAAGCAUGAUGGAAAUGGAACUGCAAUUCUUGUGAGUUGGCAACCACCUCCUGAAGAUACUCAGAAUGGAAUGGUCCAAGAGUAUAAGGUUUGGUGUCUGGGCAAUGAAACUCGAUACCAUAUAAACAAGACAGUAGACGGUUCCACCUUUUCUGCGGUUAUUCCCUCGCUGGUGCCUGGGAUCCGGUACAGCAUAGAGGUGGCAGCCAGCACCGGGGCCGGAGCCGGGGUGAGGAGUGAGCCGCAGUUCAUCCAGUUAGAUUCGCAUGGAAACCCCGUGUCACCUGAGGACCAAGUCAGCCUUGCUCAGCAGAUCUCAGACGUGGUGAAGCAGCCAGCGUUCAUCGCAGGAAUCGGAGCAGCCUGUUGGAUCAUCCUUAUGGUUUUUAGCGUCUGGCUCUAUCGACACCGGAAGAAGAGAAAUGGGCUGACUAGCACUUAUGCGGGUAUCAGAAAAGUCCCGUCUUUUACCUUCACACCAACAGUAACUUAUCAGAGAGGAGGCGAAGCUGUGAGCAGUGGAGGGAGGCCAGGACUUCUCAACAUCAGUGAACCUGCCACGCAGCCAUGGCUGGCAGACACGUGGCCUAAUACUGGGAACAAUCACAAUGACUGCUCCAUCAACUGCUGCACAGCAGGCAAUGGAAACAGCGACAGUAACCUGACCACGUAUAGUCGCCCAGCUGAUUGUAUAGCAAAUUAUAACAACCAACUGGAUAACAAACAAACAAAUCUGAUGCUCCCUGAGUCAACUGUUUAUGGUGAUGUGGACCUUAGUAACAAAAUCAAUGAGAUGAAAACCUUCAAUAGCCCAAAUCUGAAGGAUGGGCGUUUUGUCAAUCCAUCAGGGCAGCCCACCCCUUAUGCCACCACCCAGCUCAUCCAGUCAAACCUCAGCAACAACAUGAACAAUGGCAGUGGGGACUCCAGCGAGAAGCACUGGAAACCAUCCGGACAGCAGAAACAAGAAGUGGCACCAAUUCAGUAUAACAUCAUGGAGCAAAACAAACUGAACAAAGAUUAUCGAGCAAAUGACACAAUUCCUCCAACUAUCCCAUACAAUCAAUCAUAUGACCAGAAUACAGGAGGAUCCUACAAUAGUUCAGACCGGGGCAGUAGUACAUCUGGGAGUCAAGGGCACAAGAAAGGGGCACGGACACCCAAGGUACCAAAACAAGGUGGCAUGAACUGGGCAGACCUGCUCCCUCCUCCCCCAGUGCAUCCUCCCCCUCAGAGCACUAGUGAAGAGUACAGUAUUUCCGUAGAUGAAAGCUAUGACCAAGAGAUGCCGUGUCCCGUGCCACCAGCCAGGAUGUAUUUGCAACAAGGAGAACUAGAAGAGGAGGAAGAUGAGCGAGGCCCCACUCCCCCUGUGCGGGGAGCUGCUUCUUCUCCAGCUGCCGUGUCUUACAGCCAUCAGUCCACUGCCACUCUGACCCCCUCUCCACAGGAAGAACUCCAGCCCAUGUUACAGGAUUGUCCAGAGGAGAUCGGCCACAUGCAGCACCAACCCGACAGGAGGGUCCUCCCAUGUGUGCGUGCGCAUCUCUUAGCCAAGAUGGAUUCCAGCGAAGAGGCCUGUGGACGGCAGCCGGUGAGCCCUCCUCCACCUCCACGGCCGAUUUCCCCACCCCAUACCUACGGCUACAUUUCAGGACCCCUCGUCUCAGAUAUGGAUACGGAUGCGCCAGAAGAGGAAGAAGACGAAGCCGACAUGGAAGUAGCCAAGAUGCAGACCAGAAGGCUUUUGUUACGCGGGCUUGAGCAGACCCCUGCCUCCAGUGUCGGGGACCUGGAGAGCUCUGUCACUGGGUCCAUGAUCAAUGGCUGGGGCUCAGCCUCAGAGGAGGACAACAUUUCCAGCGGACGCUCCAGUGUUAGUUCUUCUGACGGCUCCUUUUUCACCGAUGCCGAUUUUGCCCAGGCGGUGGCAGCAGCAGCAGAGUACGCUGGUCUCAAAGUGGCGCGGCGCCAAAUGCAGGAUGCUGCUGGCCGCCGACAUUUUCAUGCAUCCCAGUGUCCUAGACCGACAAGUCCUGUUUCCACAGACAGCAACAUGAGUGCUGCGGUAGUGCAGAAGGCCAGACCAGCCAAGAAACAAAAACACCAGCCAGGACAUCUGCGCAGAGAAGCCUACACAGAUGAUCUUCCACCUCCUCCUGUGCCACCUCCUGCUAUAAAGUCACCCACUGCCCAAUCCAAGGCACAGCUGGAGGUACGACCUGUAAUGGUGCCAAAACUCCCUUCCAUAGAAACAAGAACAGACAGAUCAUCAGAGAGAAAAGGAGGCAGUUACAAGGGGAGAGAAGUAUUGGAUGGAAGACAAGUUGCUGAAAUGCGACCAAAUCCAGGUGACCCCAGAGAAGCACAGGAACAGCAAAAUGAUGGGAAAGGACGAGGAAACAAGGCAGCAAAACGAGACCUUCCACCAGCAAAGACUCAUCUCAUCCAAGAGGAUAUUCUACCUUACUGUAGACCUACUUUUCCGACAUCAAAUAAUCCCAGAGAUCCUAGUUCUUCAAGCUCAAUGUCAUCAAGAGGAUCAGGAAGCAGACAAAGAGAACAAGCAAAUGUAGGUCGAAGAAAUGUUGCAGAAAUGCAAGUUCUUGGAGGAUAUGAAAGAGAAGAUAAUAAUGAAGAAUUAGAGGAAACUGAAAGCUGAAGACAACCAGAGAGGCUUGUGAGAUCUAAUGUGAAAGUUAUCACUCAAGAUGCCUCAUGUCUGAUGACAUAUGACGCCAGAUAAAAUGUUCAGUGCAAUCAGAGUGUACAAAUUGUCGUUUUUAUUCCUCUUAUUGGAAUACCAUUUUUUUUUAAAUUUUAUUGGGGUUUUAUUGUUGUUGUUUGAUCCCUAUCCUUACGAAGAACCUCCCUAUUCCCCUCGCUGUUGGAACAAAUCAUUACACCUUGCUUCCAGCAAGAGAAGUAUUUGACUUCUUGCUUCAGUCAUCAGCCAGCAGGAGAGAACAAAACAGUUCUUUUGCAUUUGCCCCUGAGAUGUGGCAUUGCACUGCUUAUAUACCAAGCCAAUUUACAGCAAAAUAUUGAUCAAAGAUUCAAAGUUGACUAAUCAACCUCAUGUCAAGGGCUCUCAAGAUAUAAUCUUUCUAUAACCAACUGCUAAUGCAAACUAAAACAUAACUUCAUUUUAACAUGAUUUUAAAAUCAGUCUUUCAUACCACCCUCUGCUGGGAGAAAAAAAAAAUACAUAGCAAAUGCAGAACAACCACAAACAAUUUGAAUGGGGUAGAAACAUUGUAAAUAUAUACUCUUUGCAACCCAUGGUGGUACUUUAUUUUGUCUUCAUUUCAAUCAUUGAAGUAUAUUCUUAUUGGAAAUGUACUUUUGGAUAAGUAGGGGUAAGCCAGUUGGAUCUCUGGUUGUCUAGUCAUUGUCAUAAGUCAGCCAAGCAAAAACCUUGUUCUAUUUUUCAAUCAAAAAGCAAUUAUAAAUGCAUAUUACAAACAAAUGGAUGUUUUUAAUGACCAAUUGAAUAAGGACAUCCCUAUCUUAACUGGCCUAAAUUUCUUCUGGUAGUGUCAGUUCAACUUUCAGAAGUGCCACUUAAGGAAGUUUGAUUUUUGUUUUUGUAAUGCACUGUUUUUAAUCUUUUUUUUUUUUUUUGGUUUUAAAA